AUGGAGGAACCAGAAAUCAUACAUGAACAGCAAACAAAGGGGAAAAAGCGGAAGCGUCGUGACGAUGAUACAACCAGACGACAAGAUCGCCAAUCUGUGCUGUCGCGCGAGUUUACAGAAAACAUUGACGCACUCCAUUCACGUAUAUGGCCUCCGGGCGCACGCUACAACGAUAUCAUCUAUCUCGGGGACAUGGACAGUUUCCAGCUCUUUUCGAAAAAACUGCGGCUCAACAAAGAUGACAAAUGGAAAGGCCAUUUCAUACGCAAAUAUGGUGAUACUGUUGUGCUUGUAUCAGAUGAUUCAGGUGCACGAAAACCGGAUAGUAAGAUCCCCAAGUUCAAGUGGAAGUGGAAUACCUUUGCACCGUCAUUACGGGGUAUCCAUCAAUACAUCUAUCUCAUUACGGGCCUGGAUCAGUAUACCAGCACACGGCUUUUGAAAAUAUACUUUGCAAACAUUCAUCCAAUCCUGCCAGUAAUUGAUAAACAAGAAUUUCUAGAACAGUAUCGCGAUCAGUGUUCAAGCUAUCCGACAGGCGAUUUAAUUAAUGCCAUGUUUGGUGCUGCAGCACGUUUUGUGGAAACUGAAAGUCUCGAUCAAGAACGAAGGCAGCGGGUACCACUAGAUGCUCAGUGGGACCUGCCAAUAGGAUGGAGCGAUCACUUUUUUGACCAGGCACAAAAGAUUAUUUCGGAUGGAAUCUUGGGCCCAGCAACGAUAUCGACAGUUCAGGCAAUCGUGUUAAUCCAAAAUCAACGAGCUACUGUGGAUACAAAAUCAUCGACAUGCUGGUUGACUGGUGGUUUUGGUGUACGACUUGCACAAGGAUUAGGGAUGAAUAGAAACUGUGAUGAUUGGGACAUACCCGAUCAUGACAAAGAAACACGAAAGCGAACGUGGUGGGCACUUUUCAUUUGCGAUCGCUUUCAAAGUGCUCUAAAUGGUCGACCGCUAGGUAUUGACGACGAUGAUAAUGAUGUUGGUUACCCAAGUGCAAAAGCUGAUUGGAAAGAAGUACUCGACUUGCCUGAUGAUCCUGACGACGAAUACUGUGGCCCUCGAUUUCCUUCUGCAAGUUACCGCCCUGAAUCUACUGAUGGUCAGGUCUGCAUAUAUCAGUUAUUCGUCGAGCUUGCUAAGCUAUCGGAGAUCCUUGGUCAUAUCAUACAAGGACUAUACACGCCUGAGGCAAAAAUGAUCAGCGUUCAACAGCGACGUGAUGAGACGAUCAGAAAACUCGAUCGGGAGCUUACCGAGUGGCGCUUUGCUUUUGGGCGAUCCAUCAAACACACAAAUUUCUCUGACUACAAAGAAAAUGGUUUAUUUUCCGGUGUUGUUGCAACAACGGUAUUAUUUUACUUUACAACAUUGAUUCUACUACAUCGUCCAUUCAUCAAAUCGAACGUAUCACAUGCUGUCGGCUCAAAACAACCCGAGUUCUCAUCCUUUUGGAUAUGUACAAGCGCUGCCACUCACGGAAUACGGAUAGCAGCAGCACUAUCGAUGGGUGACUUUAUGCUGACACCAUAUGCGUUUAGCUUGUAUCCUGUUCUACAGUGCUGCUUGAUUCUCAUGUACAACACCAAGAACCAAGAUCCACAUAUCUCGGUAGCGGCUAAAGAGGAUCUGGAAAAGGGUAUUGCGUUGAUCGAUCGUAUCCACGAAUGCUCGAGCACUGCACAGACGCUUAAGGUGCUAUUUCACAGUAUUAUGGACAAAAAGAAUAUCGAUACUGUCACUGGCCCGCUGGAGAUGGACUAUAAAGAUCUGGACGAAUCCAAACGAGGUGAAAACCAAUUCGGCAAAUCAACCAAGAGACACACACAAACCAAACACGAUCAAAGAAGGAAUAAAAUUUCAAUAUCAUCGUUGAUUGAUACGUUCCUUUUACAACAAGAUAUUUCGGUGGAUUCUUGGAUUUCGCGGGCUAGUACUCCAGGUUAG